CUUGUAAUGAAGAAGGGAUUAGUGAUUUGAAAUGUGCAAUUAGUCAACUCCGGGCUAAUGGUUUGGUUGACUGUUGAGUUAUCCAACUGUCUACUGCACAGUGGUUAAAACUUAAAACAGAAAACCAUCUAUUAGUAUUAUACAGUUUACCCAUAAACUUUGACUCCAAUAAUUUCACCACCCACUCAAAUCACCCUGCGCCACCCACAACCACCGCCCAGUCUAUUCCAUUGGUUAACUCAGAAAUGAUGGACCCAAAGUUCUCCGGCAAGCCAAUAACACCUCAACACUUGAUCGGAAGAGGCGGAGGGCGGGCGGACUUUGUUGACCUUGACCAAAUGCCGGACACGCCCAACCGCGGUGGCCACCACCGCCGGACCCAAUCCGAGACGUUCUUCCGUUUCCCUGAGCUCGACGAUGACAUCCUCUUAGACGAUGUCGUUUUCGACCUUCCUCCGGCUCCUUCACUCUCCUCCGAAUCCGUCCCGUUUCAGCCCCAAUCGUUGCCUAAUAAUAGUAUUAAUAAUCACGAAUCGGGCCGCGGUCAGCUCCAAGCUCAGCCUGUCAAGCUUAGUGAGAGGGCCCAUCUCAGGAGCCUCUCCGUCGAUGCUGAUUUCUUCGAGGGGUUGAAUUUCGGUCCGUCUUCGUCCUCCUCCGCUGAUGGCGGCGGCGGAGGUGCUUUCUCUGCGGCUGGGGGAUUGGUUGGUCACGCGCGUACCAACUCAAUGGAUUCGGCCAUGGCUACCUCUUUUGAAGCUCUGAUGGUGGACACUGAAAAGAAGAGUUCCAACGCCGAGAAGCUUCAUGAGCUCGCUUUGAUCGAUCCCAAAAGAGCUAAAAGGAUUCUUGCAAAUAGGCAAUCUGCAGCUCGUUCAAAGGAAAGGAAAAUACGCUAUACUAGCGAGCUGGAGAGAAAAGUACAAACAUUACAGACGGAAGCAACAACCUUGUCUGCACAAGUGACAAUGCUGCAGAGAGACACUACGGGGCUGACCAAUGAGAACAAGGAGCUCAAAUUGCGGUUAGAGGCUAUGGAACAGCAAGCUCAUCUUAGGGAUGGUAUGUAUCAUUACAUUCUCUUCUCAUUUUUAGAUAUAAUGUAGACAUUUAUGCCUUUCCAUUUUCUUAUGCAUUGUCAACGGCAUCUGCGCUGUUCAUCCCUGUAAUUUUCUAAUGACACGACUGUAGUACAAACAAAUGCUUGAUUGAGUGCAAUGCUAUGCUCGGUAAAAAUUAUCAACAUCAUUCCAAUGACUGAAACUGCAUCUGCAUGUCGAAUGCCAUUGAACAAUGAUCACUCCGGUUAUUCAGUUUUGUUCAGGCAUGUUGCUUUCACAUCCGUCACUAUAGGAAUUCAUGAAAAUUUUCACUUUCUCAUCUUUACUAUAAUCAUGCCUACACUUUUUAGCUUUUUGGGCAAAGUGAAAUAUAAUCAUGCACUAGUAUUUGAAUCUUGAACCCGAUGCCCUUGAGCUGCUAAUGGUUUUGUCCACCUUGUAAAAGGCUAAAAUCUUCUUCUGGUUCAGCUCAAAUAAUUGUUCAAAGUUUCACCUUUGAUGGGAAUGUGAAGAGAUUAGUUCAGCAAGGAGUUUGGAAUCUUAAGCUACCUUUUGACAGUGAUUUUUGUCUGGUGUUGCCUCCCCUGAUAACCAUGCCAGUCCACAACCUAUCUAUGUGCGAUCUGAUUUCUUAUUAGCAACGCUCUUUUCCUUUCCCUCACAUCAUAGUUGUUAUUUCUCUUCAGACAACCAACGGAAUUGACCUUCAUGUUAGGCUUAUUUAUCCUUGUAAUGUUGCCACUUGCCGAUCAUGUAGGCAAAAGGCGGAGGGCAUAUGACGAAGGUCAUUCAGGGAAGGAAUAGAUUCAUACUUGGUCAAGAUUCCAUAGUAUUUAAUUUCCCAGAAAACUAGCUUAAUAUGUUUCGUGUGUGCCUUUAUUUUAGGCAUUUUCUGGGUCUCUGAUUCUUUGUAAAGUUGGGAAAUCGUACUAUACAGAUUUGUGUGCUAUUAAGUUACUAAUCUAAAAUAUAGGAAUCUGAUGGCUAUCUUUUUGAAGUUGUGUGAAAUUGAGAAACUGAAGGUUUUUGUAAUCAAGCUUAAUUGUUAGCAUCUCAAAGGCACUGAGCCGCUGAGGGAGCAUUCUUGCAUAAAAGCUUCGUCUUGUUUAAUCUUUUUAUCAUUUUGCAUGGAUCACUAAUACUUCACAUCAUUUCAGCAUUGAACGAGGCAUUGAGAGAAGAAGUGCAGCGACUCAAGAUUAUGGCUGGUCAAAUACCAACUGGCAAUGUUAACAAUUUUAACAGAGGACUGCCGCCGCAAUUUCCUCCCCAAACUCAGACCUUCAGUAGCUUUGGAAAUAGCCCGUCCAGUCAUCAGCAGCCACAACAUGUUCGUAUGCCCCAAUCCAUCUCAAACAAUUCAGGUUUUAGUAGCCAACCAAAGCCUACCUUUCUUGGUUUCAAUCCUAGUGCUUGAUACAUAUUAUGCUGUAGAAAAUUCUGUACAUUAUACACUGGAUGCUAGAGACUAGUAACUCGCAAGGAGCUAGGGCCUUGUAAAUGAGAAUAGAUUCACAUACUGCACACUAGUCACCUAAUUAUUUGAUUACUAAUUUGAUGAUUUGUAUUGUAUUUGUGUGCCUGCUUUGUUUGUUUCUGCCUUUUCUUUCAGUUUUCUUUACCCCUGUUGUUGGAGAAUGGGACACCUUUGAUAGCGAUUGUGGAGAGCAAAUUUCAGAUGGUAGACUUCUUAGCUUAAGGGUUGACCGUUUGGUAUGUAGAACCAUUCAAUAGAAAAUGCACUAUAUGCUUCAUUGAAGACGAUAGUCAUCCCGAUGGCUGAGCUUAACCGAGUCCAUUUCACCCCUAAUUAUCUAAUAUAUGUUUAACAUUCUUAGUACACUUUCUUACCUUCAAUGAAAACUGAAAAUUCACCAAGAAAUGUAAG